AUGCUCAUUCGAGCAACCCUUCUGCUUGCAGCUGCUGUCGUUGUAGUGCUGGGCACAAAGAGCGCCAAUGACAAACUGAAGGAAUGCUGCAAAAGCCUCAAGGAGGCCGACAAAGACUGUGUUAACAAAUUCUGCGACUUCAAAGCAAUUUCACAAACAAAUUCUAAAGGUGUCGAAGGUAAAUGCUUAGAGUACUGCGCUGCGCAAGAUGGUGUGCCUACCAACUACCUUGACUAUCUGUUUUGCGUUGAAUCAUUUAAUGAGAUCCGCGACUGUUUCAUGGAUCAUUUGGAGAAGAAUCCUGCCUUUAAGAAGAAGUACUGA